AUGAUGAUGUGGAUUUUUUGUCUUGUAUCUUUUUCGUCAGCGUUUUAUCUGCCAGGAGUAGCACCAAAAGACUACAAGCAAGAUGAAAACAUUGACCUUUAUUUUGACAAGCUUGACUCUGCAACGACAGAACUUCCAUUUGACACAUAUUACUUAAAUUUCUGCAGGCCCGAACAUGUUAAACUAAAGGAUGAAAAUUUAGGCCAGACCCUGAGCGGGGAUAAAAUAGAAACUUCACCUUACGAGAUCAAAAUGAACAAAGAAAUUCAAUGCAAACCCCUCUGUACAAUGGAAAACAAAAACCAGCACUUGAAAAGGUUCGAAUGGAUGAUAGAAAACCAAUACAAAGCAUCUUGGGUUAUGGAUAACUUGCCGUCAGGCUUGAGACAAACCAUAGUCAACGGAAAUGAAGGCACAAAAGUUUCCUAUUACCAAGAUGGGUUUCCGAUCGGCUAUAAAGAAGGCAAGAAUUAUUUCAUUUAUAAUCACCAUCACAUUGUAAUUCAGGUAUAUCCGACUCUAAGCGGAGAAGUGGACACGUGGAGAAUUGUGGGUUUUUUAGUGGAGCCUAUCAGUAUGGAUAAUGGGAAUCAUACAUUGGGCUGCAACUCAAAAGCCUUUCUUGAGCUAGAAUUUGCAAAUUUAACUUGGGCUGAAGCUAUAUUAAAGCCGCAAGAAAAAAUUGAAUCAACUCAUAUGAAUAAAAUAUAUGGUGUUAACCCACAACAUUUAGAAAGAAACAUCACUUAUACCUACAGUGUAAUUUUCGAAAUAAGCAAUGUGAAAUGGGCUUCAAGAUGGGACCAUUAUUUAUAUAGAAGUGGAGAAAGUGCUGAAGUGCAUUGGCUGUCAAUCAUCAAUUCUUUCGCAAUGGUUCUUUUCUUAUCUGGAAUGGUCGCACAUAUUUUAGGAAGAACAGUAAGAAGAGACAUAAACACUUAUAAUGAAAGUGUUGAUCUAGACGAAGAAAGCGAAACAGGCUGGAAACAAAUAAGAGGAGACGUGUUUAGGCCACCUGUUUAUGCUGGCAUUUUCUCAGUCAUAAUUGGAUCUGGGGUACAAGUUAUUGGAAUGGCGGUUCUCUCCUUAUUUUUUGCAAGUAUUGGAUUUUUGUCUCCAGCACACAGAGGAGGAUUGAUCACGACUGCCCUGAUUUUUUAUGUAUUUAUGGGAGUCUUUUCUGGGUAUACUUCUGCAAGGCUUUACAAGUUCUUUGGAGGGGAUUACUGGAAGCGGAAUGCUCUAGCUACAGCAUUUUUAUUCCCAGGGCUCUGCUUCUUUGUGUUCUUUAUCAUAAACUCUUGCCUUUGGGGUGCAGGCUCUUCAGGCUCUGUGCCUUUUAGCUCAUUAGUAGAGCUCUUGCUGCUAUGGUUCGGCAUAUCAGUCCCUCUCGUAUUUUUCGGCAACUCCCUUGGCUAUAGAAAGCCUACCAUUGAAGUCCCUUGCAAAAUCAACAAAAUCCCAAAGCCUCUCGAAAUGAUGCCAGGGACCUCCAAAAUCAAAGCAAUAUGCCUGAUGGCUGGGUCCUUGCCUUUUGGCUGCAUGUUUAUAGAGCUCGACUAUGUGAUGAAAAGCUUAUGGCACCACACAUUAUUUUACUAUCUUUUCGGGUUCUUGUUUUUAUGCUUUAUUGUGCUAGUGAUAACUUCAGCUGAGGUCUCAAUACUGAUGGUUUAUAUUUCUUUAUGUAGAGAAGACUAUCGAUGGUGGUGACUGUCUUUCAGUGUGGCUGGGAGUUCAGGGAUUUAUAUGUUUGGAUAUGCAGUCGUGUAUUAUCUUACACAGCUGAGCAUUGAUAUGUUCUCCUCAACUGUUCUUUACUUUGGGUACAUGCUCCUGUGUAGCGUGGCGUAUUCGUUGGUUACUGGGACGAUUGGGUUCUUUGCUACUUUUAUUUUCACAAGGACGAUUUAUUCAUUGAUUAAAGCAGAGUAA